ACGGGCUUGGUCCGGUUACACAUCCGGUCUGUUCGACUCCACUUCCGCUGAAAAUAGCGGCACAUGUCCAGGGAACGAAUGACUGCAGUCUGACGGCGCUUACAGCUGUGUGCGGAGACCAGGUUGUCAUUUCGCGAGUCUGUGUUUGUUCUGUCAGCUAAACACCAGAAGAAGAAACCGUUAAAGAGAGUGUAGGUCCGGAGUUUUAACGGCUCUAAACGACAAUCAGCCAACGAGUGACGAGCACACCAUGAGUUUUGUGCAGUACUCGGACUUAAUUCAAGAUGGAGAUGUCAUCAUUGUUUACCUGGGUCACAACUCUGUGAUGCCUGUCAAAGUGCAGCACGGCGCCCAAACUCAGACACGCUACGGAGUCAUCCGCCAUUCGACACAACUCAUAGGCCAGAGCUAUGGGUCAAAGGUAACCUGCAGCAAAGGUGGAUGGGUGCAGGUGCUUCACCCCACACCAGAACUUUGGACUGUCGCCCUGCCUCACCGGACUCAGAUUUUGUACACAACAGACAUCUCCAUCAUCGCCAUGAUGCUGGAGCUGAAGCCCGGCUCCAUCGUCUGUGAGUCAGGUACAGGCAGCGGUUCCCUAUCCCACGCCAUCCUGCGCACCAUUGCCCCCAGCGGUCACCUGCACACGGUGGAGUUUCAUGAGCAGAGGGCCCUCAAGGUAGCAGAGGAGUUCAAGGAGCAUCGUGUAGAUCAUUUGGUGACGGUCAGGAACCAGGACGUGUGCAAGGAUGGGUUUGGAGUGACGGGGGUGGCGGAUGCUGUCUUUCUGGACAUCCCCAGCCCCUGGGAGGCAGUGAAACAUGCCAAGGUUGCUCUGAAGAAGCACGGAGGUCGCCUGUGCUCCUUCUCCCCAUGCAUAGAGCAGGUCCAGAGGACCUGUGAGGUUCUGGCGGAUCAGGCCUUUGAGGAGAUCAGCACCGUAGAGGUGCUUCUGAGGAUCCACGACGUCCGGACCGUCUCGCUUCCUCUGCCCGACUUUGGGCCAGACCCCUCCUCUCAGACUGAACCCGGACCCGAGGAGGAGGCCCCUCCCACUCCUAGUGUAAACCACGCCUCCAUCACCAUGAAGACCACCACGCCACCAAGAGAAAUGCCGGGUCACACGGGGUACCUCACAUUUGCCACCAAACCCAGAACCUGAGGCUGGCCGAGUCGUUUGUUGCUUGCAUCAAGCAGGAGGGAAAAUGCGCCUGACAGCAGUUUAGUUUGUUUAUAACUCAGAUUAUUGUUUCUGCUUCUGUGUCAGGAUUAAAACCUGCUCUCAUUUAUGGGAGUUUUCGCUUCGAAACGCCAAGAAAGAGUAAAAUUGUGUUGAUUUUGUUUAACAGCUGCUGUGUUGGGACGCUCACAGCGAACCCUUGUUCCUCUUGAAAGAUUAAAGUAAAGCUGCAGCAGGACUGUGACUCGUGUCAAGCUUCUGUUUAUGUGACCAGGUGAAUCCUUCCUAAUGGAUUCUGGGCAGGGUUUCCUCCUGCAGCCCAACUAAAUUGUGAAAUUUGAAAAUAAAACUUAUUUCUUUUUUCA